AUGGUUAAUUCUAGUGUUAUUCGUUGUUUGGCUUUAAUUGCACUUGUUGGAGCACAAGGUUUUGGAGGAAAUCAGAAUUCUAAUGGUUUCGGUGGAAAUUCAAAUUCAAAUGGAUUUGGAGGUAACCAAAAUCAAAAUCAAAAUUCUGGAUUUGGAGGAAACUCAAACUCUAAUGGUUUCGGAGGCAACCAAAAUUCCGGAUUUGGCGGAAACCAGAACUCUAAUGGUUUCGGAGGGAAUCAAAAUCAAAACUCAGGAUUCGGUGGAAGCUCAAACUCAAACGGUUUCUCCGGAAAUAGCCAGAAUGGAAAUCAACAAGGUGGAAACCAAGGUGGAUUCGGAGGUCAACAGCAACAACAACAAGGAGGAAGAAGUGGAUUCGGUGGAAACCAACAGCAACAACAAAAUAGCUUUGGUGGAAAUCAACAAGGUGGAUUCGGAGGCAAUCAACAACAGCAACAAGUGAGAUUCGGAUUCUCGCAACAAGGUGGAAAUGGUGGAUUCGGAGGUAACUUCGGAGGAAAUAGCCAACAACAACAACAACAAGGAGGAAACCAAGGUGGAUUCGGCGGAAACUUCGGAGGAAACAAUCAACAAGGAGGAUUUGGAGGUAAUCAACAAGGUAACAAUUCAAUUUGUUUCGAGAAAAAAAAAAUAAUAUAUUUUUAAGGAGGAUUCGGAGGAAACUUCGGUGGAAACAGCCAACAAGGUAUCAAUUAAAACAUUUUUUUGUUGAAAUAAUUAACUUAUGAUUUUAUAGGAGGAUUCGGUGGAAACUUUGGAGGAAACAACCAACAAGGUGGUUUCAGAGGUCAGCAACAACAACAAGGUAACUAUCAUUUGUCCUUAUUCAGUAGCUAUAUCUAAAAUGAUUAACAGGAGGAUUUGGUGGAAACCAACAACAACAAGGUGGAAAUCAAGGAGGAUUUUCAUUGAACGGAUUCUCUGGUUCAAACUCCCAACAACAAUCAUUCCAAGGUCCACCACCAGCAUUCCUUCAAAAUGUCAGCCAAUCUGCUGUUCAAGACUAUUUCCAAAUUAUCUCAAACUUAUCGUUGACAACUGCUCAAAUCAACAAUGCUUCAGCUGUCUGGGCUUCAACCAACAAUGUCACCGUAAGUUUAAACAAAAAACGAAAAUCAUCAGAUAAUAACUGGAUAUAAAUUUAGGCUGCUUACAAUCAAUACCAAACAAAUCUCACCGCUGCUCAUGAUGCCGCUGUUCAAAAUGUGACAAAUAUUAUCAAUAACUUGGCUGUUGUUCAAGCUUCAAUCGAAACAAUUCAAACCAACAAAACAUCAACAGCAACUGAAAGACAAACUGCUUUGGCUGCUUUGGCGGAAGCUAAUCCAAAAGAGUUUUCGAUUAUUAUGCAACUUCAGAAUCAUCAUGAAGAUCAGAAUAUUCAAGAAUUCAGUGGAAACCAGCAACAACAACAACAAAACGGACAAUUUGGUCAACAACAACAACAAAAUGGAUAUGGAAACGGAAAUGGAAAUAACAGCAAUCAAAAUAAUCAAUUUGGAUUCCAAAACAAUGGAAAUUUCAGCACUGCAACAAGCACAGCUUCUUCAACAACCAAGAAAAAUAAGAGCUCAUAA